AGAAAGGAGGAACUGAUUUUUUCCCUUUUCUUUCCCAGGUUUGGAGUAGUUGCUGCCUGUUCCCGAAGAGGGCAGCUGUAAGGCUUCAAGGUGAGUUAAAGCAAUGAAGGAGAGACCUGAAUGCAAAAGGGGCGAAGAAAGAGAGAAACGGCAGGAAAGGCAAGGAAUCCGCGGCUGGCUGGAGAGAGGAAGGAGGUUGGAAGGAUUGAGAGACGUCCCAUCUGGUUCCUUUCCAUUAUGUGCAGUCAACUGUGAGGAUGUAGUUCAUUGGGGAGUUCCUGCUUUCCAUGCAGAAGAUCUCAGGUUCAAUUCUGGCCACUCCAAUUUAAAGGAUAAGAAGUGCCCUGCUGGAUCAGACCAAAAGGCGAUUCUAGUCCAGCAACUUGUUCCCACGCUGGUCAAUCAGCAAGCCUCUGAGAAGUCCACAAGCAGGACAUGAAUGCAAUACCUCUCCUCCCCUCCGAAAAUAUGGGGUCUCAGUGCAGUGUGAUUUCAAAUAACUUCACAACAUGGCUGUUAACUGCCCUCAGUUGUGCUUGCCUGUGAGAAGCUUUUGUGCUUAUCUGAGUCCUGUGUUAGCACUGCAGAAAGCAGCUACUGCCUAAAAUGCUGAUUGCUCCAUUUUUAUCACUCUUGUGUUUCUUGCUCUGAGGAUCUAAUACGGGAACUGUGGAUAUGAUGAGAAGAAGGGCUCAUCUACAGAUCUCUCUCAAAAAGCAGGCACAUGCCUUUGGUAAGGUACAUUCCCGGAGAGGAGAACCGCAACUGGAAAGCUUCAAGGAUCAGGAAUAACAAGGGAGGACCUGGCGGGAAGCAAAGUGGAGGAGAAUUUGGAAGCAGGUGGAAGAAGAGACUUCCAUGUUGCUUAGUUUGGGACCAUUUGAUUGGGACAGAUCCACAAGAAAUUAAGCAGGAACCAGAUGAGGGGCUCCAGCAGGGUGGGAAGCCUAGUGGCAGGUGUUCCUGGAGACAACAUAGGGCCCUAGGCACAGAGACAAAAACUCAUCGCUGCCUCGAUCCCAGUCAGGAUUGAGAACACUAAAGACUUCCUGUCCACCUUGAUAGGAGUAGCUGGUGCCAGGCUGCGGCCUAGGGGGGAAAAGGUGACCCAGGCCUUGGAAGGCAUCAGUGGAGAAACCCAAGAGGCCCAUGAAAAGCCAGAUUCUACGGUGGAAGUGAAGAAAGAGAGUCUGGAGGAGGAGGAAGACUCAAAGAUGGAACAUCAGCAUUCCAGGCACUUUGGAUACCAUGCGAGCAAGGGAUCCCAUUUGGACAGGAACUUUGGGUAUUUGGGGCUGAAGCCAGGGAGAUCUACAAAGCAGAGCCUGGGGGAUGCUGAAUUCUGGACCGGUUCAAUCUCGCUGUCCAUCUUGAGCCACUACACUAGCUACACCCAAGGGCCUCCAUUUGCAUUAUGCCAGGAUGCCCAUCAUGUAGAGCCUCCCACACAUGAUGUCUCAACGCAGUGGGAAUCAUAGAAUAGUAGAGUUGGAGGGGGCCUAUAAGGCCAUCAAGUCCAACCCUCUGCUCAAUGCAGGAAUCCAAAUCAAAGCAUUCCCGACAGAUGGCUGUCCAGCUGCCUCUUGAAUGCCUCCAGUUUCGGAGAGCCCACUACCUCUCUAGGUAAUUGGUUCCAUUGUUGUAUGGCUCUAACAGUUAGGAAGUUUUUCUUGAUGUCCAGUCGAAAUCUGGCUUCUUGCAACUUGAGCCCAUUAUUCCAUCUCCUGCAUUCUGGGACAAUCGAGAAGAGAUCCCGGCCCUCCUCUGUGUGACAACCUUUCAUGUACUUGAAGAGUGCUAUCAUAUCUCCUCUCAGUCUUCUCCAGGCUAAACGUGCCCAGUUCUUUCAGUCUCUCAUAGAGAUUUGUUUCCAGUCCCCUGAUCAUCCUUGUUGCCCUUUUCUGAACCUGUUCCAGUUUGUUUGCAUCCUUCUUGAAGCGCGGAGAAAUGAACUGGACUCAGUACUUAAGAUGAGGCCUAACCAGUGCUGAAUAGAGGGGAACUAAUACUUCAUGUGUAUGAGUACUCUGUUUGCCCAGAGGGAGAGGGUGCCCCAGACCUUGGCAGGUGUCAUUGGAGAACACCAAGUGGCCUAUGAAAGCCUGGAUUUUACUGUGGAAGUGAAGGCGGAGACUCUGGGUGAGGAACUAGGACACUAGGGUUGCAGUCCACUUGCUGGUCCCAAUCCUCUCACAUACUGUCAAGCUAGAAUUUAGUUCAAUGCCAUCUUUGUUUAUUUUAGCUAACUUCUGCUUUCUUUCAGUUCUAUUAAAGUGUUUAACAAGAAGGUGGGAGGACAUUUAAAGGGUAAAUAUAACAGAAAUUAACAGGGAAGCUUGGACUCGCCUACAUUAAGGAAGGAUUUGCUUUGCCAUCGUGAAACUGAGCAGGUGAAAGUUGCUUUAAAUUCUACCCAUUGGAUAGCAUUGCUUGGAAUAAAAAGAGAGACUAGAGCAGCACUGAGCUCACAAAAAAUACAUUAAUUUCUUGCCUGAUAUAUGAAAGGGCUCUGACAGGAACCUCAGAUCAAAGGAGAUUCCACAUCUUCCUGCGUAUUGCUAUCCGAAGUAUGCAACCUGGCCCUCAUAGAGUUGGUGAUCAAAGGAGAUUCCACAUCUUCCUGCGUAUUGCUAUCCGAAGUAUGCAACCUGGCCCUCAUAGAGUUGGUGGUCAAGGUGGAUCCCCAGCAGUUCCGUAUUUUACUUUUCAGAGUCGAUGGCCAAGAUGGAUCCAUUUCCAAGGCUACAGCAUGUUUUACCAUGCAAUCAGGAUGUUUCACUGUUGGUGGGCAUCUUAUAAUCUCCAAACAAACCUCAGAUUUAUUGGUCAAGGUGGAUCCCCGGCAGUUCCGUAUUUUACUUUUCAGAGUCGAUGGCCAAGAUGGAUCCAUUUCCAAGGCUACAGCAUGUUUUACCAUGCAAUCAGGAUGUUUCACUGUUGGUGGGCAUCUUAUAAUCUCCAAACAAACCUCAGAUUUAUUGGUCAAGGUGGAUCCCCGGCAGUUCCGUAUUUUACUUUUCAGAGUCGAUGGCCAAGAUGGAUCCAUUUCCAAGGCUACAGCAUGUUUUACCAUGCAAUCAGGAUGUUUCACUGUUGGUGGGCAUCUUAUAAUCUCCAAACAAACCUCAGAUUUAUUGGUCAAGGUGGAUCCCCGGCAGUUCCGUAUUUUACUUUUCAGAGUCGAUGGCCAAGAUGGAUCCAUUUCCAAGGCUACAGCAUGUUUUACCAUGCAAUCAGGAUGUUUCACUGUUGGUGGGCAUCUUAUAAUCUCCAAACAAACCUCAGAUUUAUUGGAAGUUCUGCUCCUGUCCAGGCCGAGAUCCGGUUAGAGAUAAACUGAGCCCCUUCGGGAGAGCUUUUGGAAACCUUGGACCAGAGCAAUGCCAAUGAAGAAUCAACUUUAUGCUGAAAUCAAUGCUUUGCUUCUAUUACUUGUUCAAUCCACAAUGUCUGAGGCUAAGCAAAGAGGAAAGCUGCAAGCACUUCUAUGCAAAGUCUUUACCAUUCUCCUUCCAAAACUCAGGGAACUCCAGGAGCAAUAGAAUCAUGUAACGUUGCCUUAUCGUUAUUUUGAUGGUUAUUUCAGUCCAUUCCAAUUCAGUGGGAUUUCCUCGAGUCCUGUAUAAAAGGGCUUUUAGGGGGGGAAAUAGAAAUGAGACACAUUAUUUAUCCCAAUCCGGGUGCAGGUCUGGUUUGGGGACUACCUUAGUGGAUGACUUGUGGAGGUGCAUCCUUUUUGGACUUAGUGGAUUCCAUACCAUUGGCCAAAGCGUCCUUCUUGGGCAUCUGUCUGGAAGAGGAAAUGGGAGGAAAUAGGAAGCUACCUUAUACCGAGUCAUACCAUUGGUCAAUGUUGUCUACGGUACACUGACUGGCAGCGGCUCUCUGGGGUUUCAUACAGGGAGUCAUUCUCAACCUUACCUGGCGAUGCCAGGACCAAACCUGGGACCUUCUGCAUGCAAAGCAGCUGCUGUACCACUGAGCCGUGGUGGUUCCAUCUGACAGAUCCCAGAAGAUGAGGCCCCGUGGCCAAUGCCCUCGAGGUUCAUUUGGGUUCCAUACUGACCCCUGUACUAUUUAACAUCAACAUGGAACCACUUGGAGAGGUCUUUUGGGGAUUUGAUCCCAUGAACAUGUUGACGACACACAGCUCUCCUUUUGCUUUCCAUUCUAUGCAAAGAAAGCUGUAAAGGUUCAGAUUCUAUGUUUGAGCACAGUGGUGGGAUUGUGCGUUGGCUAACAAACAGACUUAAUUCAUACAAGACAUACAAGACAGUUGGUCCGUAGGAAAGCUGAUCCAGAAUUAAGCAUACAACCUACAGUGGAUUGGAUUGCACUCUCUUUGAAGUUUGGGGGGGGUUACAAUUGGAUCUGUCUUUCUGUUUGAAAAUAAUGAGUCAGAAAAAUAAACUCUGGAUGGGUUAUGUGUGUAUGUGCCCACUCCUCCCCCAACUCAUAUUUAGCAAUAGACCAAAGCAAGCUCACAUGUGGUCUUUCCACUAGGUGGAGACAGUAUUCUGUAUAUUCAUGUGAUGCAAAUGGAGUGUGUUGUUGCCCAAUUGUAUGUCAUGAUCGCUGCUUUUUACAACCAAAUCCCAAUGUUAAUACACAGCCUGAACAACUACAAUGUAACAUACUGAAUUUGCGCUAUUGUAGUUUCUAUGAGUAAGUAAAAUGAUGUAUGUUAAUAUUUAUAUCUUAUAUUUUCUACUUGCAAACGCUGGAUUUUGCAACCCAGCCCCCCCCUUUAUUGGGCUCUAAGAAAAUUCUUGCUCUUAAAAGAGGAAUUAUUUUUCAAAAACCUUUAUUGCUGGAACUUCUGCUGACCUCAGUGACCCAGAGAUGGUGGUGGGUCUGUAGCAGUUCUUGGUCACUUAGAUUCUGUUUUUCUGUUGUGGUUUCUUUUUAUAUCUUUAAGCUCAGAUGUGAAUUUUCAGUGGACCUUAGUGUGUGUGCGGAUAGAUGCAAUGUGGUUAUAAAUUUCUACAUGCCAAGGUUGCUCCUUAGGAUAUAUACCACUGGAAUGUUACAAACACUUUAUGUUGUCCUUCUCAUCAAAUAACCUGUUUCAACGUUUACCUUCUUGGAGGGGGGUUUACAUCUGUGCCCUUUCAUGGAAGGAGCAUUAAUACUGUGACAGAACACUUACGGGGCAACAUUGCAAAAUAUAAUCUUUUUGUCACAUGCUUUUUCUUUACAAAAAUAAAAUGGUUCUCUCUUGCCAA